AUGUCGAAUUCUACAAGUACGAGUGCCGAUGACCCAACGACUCCUGCCUCUUCCAAGGCGCAGUCCCCGACGACGAGCCCUUUGGCCCCGUCGUCGACUAUUUCUUCUAUUUCAUCAACUAAGAGAGAUUCAAGCUCUGUUGCUAACACCAGUUCCCCUCCAGCCCCCUCAACGACGCCAACAGCUUCAACCACCCCUCCCACUUCUCUCACGCCUUCGACAGAACCCACCACACAACCCCCCACGACUUCCACCACACCAGAUCACACUACAAGCGAAACACCACCUCCUAGUUCAACCAACACCCCACCGCCACAAACAUCGGUCAUCACAUCGAUCCGCACCACAGGCGGCGUCACAUCAACGAUCGUUCACACAUCGACUGCCCCUCCCGGCACAACUCAAGCAGACAACACGGGCGCAUCGGCUACUUCAUCGUCAGCUUCAGCAACUCUUCAACCUGGGGGAAAGUCCUCGGGAAGCAGCGGUCUUCAUGGCGGUGGGUUGGUAGCGGUUGCGGUCGUGGUACCGAUUGUGGCAGUAGCCCUGAUAGUGGCCGCGGCAAUCUUUUUCUGGCGGAAACGGAAGCAACGAAAGGAUGCCGAAGAAUUAAGAAGAAAGGAGGUUGAAGAAUAUGGUUAUAACCCCAAUAAUGAUCCUACACUCCCCGCGGUUGGUGGUACUGCUGAAGGUCCAUUUGAGAUGCGCGAGGAAGGUUCUUCGGGAUACCGUGGAUGGGGCACCACCGCCGUUUCGUCAGGACGGAAAGCAUCGACAACUUUAUCUGGGGGGCAAUCAGCUGGUGGUAUCGGCAUGGCCUAUUCGGACAGUGCUUCCCCCCAUGGCGGCACGUCCGACACGAGAUCGGACAACCCAUUAAUGGGCGAGCGUCCUAUAUCUGGCGAAACUGAGGCCCUGGGCGCGAUGGGGCCUGCCACUACUGCCAACAGAGGUGCUGAUAUUAACCGUGGACCAUCGAAUGCAUCAUCAUCAUACAGUGCCGCGAACAGAUCAGAUGGCUCAGGCGAGGUUGGUGGACCUGGCGGUGGGCAAUACUACAGCAACCAAUAUGAUACUGGCAAUCCUUACAACAACGGUGAUGGGCCCUAUGGCAGCCCCCCAGGACGAGCAGAAAUGGCAGGUCAACCUGUCAUCCGCGAUGUGCAAGCCCGGAGGAAUACUCGUAUCGAAAAUCCUGCCCAUUUCCCUCAACAAAGUGCCGGCAUCGCUCAAAAUUUCUAA